UACAUUAUUUCGCUAGCGUAAAAUCACAAUGGCUAAGCACGAAAUCACAAUGGCGAAGCAUGAAAUCACAAUGGCGAAGCGCGAAAUAGUGCAUUUUUCGGAAUAUCGCGCUUCACAAUUGCAAUUCUGCGCUUCGAAAUCGUAAUAUUGCAUUUUGUGCUUCUCCAUCAUGCGCAGGUGUUGAGGGAAGCGUUGGAUCACGAUCCAUAACGGCAAAGUGCGAGAUCACAAGCGCAAAAUAGCGAAAUUUUCUCAAAGUCGCACUUCGUCAUUGUGAUCUAACAUACGACGGCGAAUAACGGAAUUUAGCGAUCUCGCAAUUCGCCAUCGUGACCUCGAACGAGAUCACGAUAACUAAGCAUGAAAUCGAGUUUUAUGCAGUUUGCCACCGUGUCGCACUUUGCAAUCAUGAUCUAGCUCUUCGCCAUCGCCAUUUCACUGCGCAGGUGAUACAUGAAGCGCGGAAUUCAUUUUACUAUCGUAUAUUUACUUAAGGAUAUAUCCCUUGAAUGAUAUAUCCAAUUAUAAUGACAUUUCGAAAGUUUGUUACCACGAAACAUCUGUUUUGAACAAAUAUGUUUUGCUUCAAAAAUAUCAGGAGGAUACCCCGAUCCCCACAUACCUCUGCGUACUAUGAAAAAUGCCCCCAGCUACGCGCCUGGUGACGUAUAAUAUUAGUUUAAAUUUUAUUAGUUUUAAUCUUUCAAUGUGUCUCUUAUAUUAUAUUAAGAAAUGUAUAAGCAUAAACUUAUUCAGAAAGGUAUAAUACAAAACUGUAAUAGUAAAAAGAUAUUGUUUUUUUGUAAAGAUAUUAACACUUUCGCAAUUAUUUGUUCUCGCGAAAUUUUCUGAUUUAACAGUACAACCAGCGUAAUACAGUGACGGUUAUUAUUCCAGAACAUACUCUUCAUCAUAAACAUAAUUCAACUUUAACAUACAUUUUUAAGUGCUGUAUUAUACUGUUCUCAUUGUGACAUACAAAGGAGGCUACUGUAAUACAUUUGUUAUGAUUUUUAUAGCUAGUACUGAAACCUAGAUACGCAAAAUUACGGAUCAAUUUUCCAAAAUUAUCACCAUAUUUGGCCUUUUGGUAAAAAGUUAGGGGGAAGCAGGUUGGAAACUAUCAACUGCUACAUUAAUGUUGAUAAUUAAUGACUAUUUUUUGUGGCGGAAAUUAAUCAUAUUACAACCGUUCUAUAUUUAUUUCGUUGGUAACCCCAAGGCCAAGUAGUUAUCUUGUUUUAUAUUUUAUUAUUUAUAGUAUCGGAGCAAUAUCAAUGAUCAUAAGCUACACUCAUUUCAUUUUAAGGUCGAGAGCGAAAGGGUCUAAGUAUAUAUAGAUAAAGAAGCAUUCAGUAUUACAGUUUCUCUCCCACCCCUAGAUAUCCAGUAUGAAACAGGAUUUAUCCUCAAGUAUUUCAAACGUAUGGUACUAGACAUAUGAGUCUAGAUGCGAUUUAAUAUCAAUAGAACAAAAAUUACAAAUAAGAUACAAGUUCUUCUAUUUGCAAUUUGAAAUAAGUUUGACAAUGUCUGUAAAUGCACCGAAACUGUUAUAGAAUUUGCAAAUUGAUAUACUACAAUCACAAAGCUAGGAAAUCUAAAAAUUAAAGAAAACAGGAGCUAUUGAGUAACAUUGAGUUACUGUCUAUCAUAAGUUUACGAAGCUAGAAUUCAAGUAUAUUUUUUUAAUCUACUUAACGAAAAAUAUCAUCUGAGACGUGAGGCUAGUGCUGAACAAGAACAACACGUUCCCGGAGUCCUGGUUAAUAUAAUACUCCCGAAAAAGUCUUUGAAAAUGUAGAAAAAAUCUCAAAACUACACUGCCCUAUUAAUCAAAUACUAUAAUUACAUUGACUGCAUAAUGUCUUUGUUUCGAUUUUUUGUACCUUAAUAUGUUUAAAGCACAUCGUGAAUUUAAGCCACUUUUGAUCACUUAACUCUUUCAAGAUUUUUAUUUAAAAGUAAUUAAACAGGGUUUCAUAUUGAUUAAAUGCAUUUAAAGCAAGUUCAACAUUUUAUCUAAAUAUAACUAACGGGUUUCCUUCUACAUGAUCUAAAUUUAGAAACAUAAAUAUAACUGUUGAAUUAACGAUUAGAAUUUUAACAAACUGCUGACUUAGCGAUGGGAAUUGCAAAUGUUAAUUAUAGCAUGGUUAUCAUCUGUACUAAAUUUAGAAAGAAAAGUUUCCUUAUAUUCCGUAUAAAUUCAGGUAACUGCUCAUUUACAUUUAAGACACGACAAGGUGCUGGUUAACUUUGCAUAAAUAUGAUAAAAAUGGAAAGCUUAGCGACGACAGUUGCAAAUUGCAAGCAUUCUAGUCAAUUGAAUGUGAUGAACAACGAGUGGUCUAGGUUUGCGUCCUUUAUAGCGUUUCCUGCUGACUCUGUUGCGAGGCCCAUACGAUUGGCUCAGGCUGGAUUCUUUUACACUGGCUCAGGACAAGAAGCUAUUUGCUUCUGCUGUGAAGUGAGAAAUGAUAUUUGGACUGAGGACGAGUCUUUGCUGGAAGUUCACAGGAGACUUUCCCCGCAAUGCAGAUUUGUAUGUGGUGCGGAUACCACUAAUAUUGCCAUUCAUGGAGAUAACGGACUGAAGACAGUAUCAAAGUGUUCAAAUAAAGUGCAUGGGAAUUCUGCGUUUAAAACAUCAGAAUAUAAAAAUGACAUAGAAUCUACGUAUGCUGCUGAUCAACCAAAUGAAAUAUUCGAAAAUGAGAGGAAUCUGUAUGUAAGCGGCACAUCGCCUCGACAUGCUUCUAUUGCAAUUUCAACAGUAAAUCAAGGUGUUACAAAUCAAGAAUAUGGCAUGACGACGAAGUCCGUGUCUUCAUUUGCGAACGGAUGGAUUGAAAUUUAUCCAGGGAUAAGCCAUUCCAGACCUAAACAUUCCGAGUAUGCCUUGUUAAGUGAGCGGCUAGCAUCAUUUCAUGAAUGGCCUGCACAGCAUGUUGUUGACCCAAAUGUUUUAGCUAAAGCCGGAUUCUACUCUGCAGGUAUACAAGACUGUGUAAGAUGCUUUUUCUGCAAUGGAGGUAUGAAAAAUUGGCAGACAGGAGACAAUCCAUGGGUCGAACAUGCGAAGUGGUUUCCCAGUUGUGCAUAUCUUAAACUGUGCAAAGGAGAAUUGUUUGUUAACAUUUGCAGCUCUUCAGUUAAUGCUGAUAUUGUCACAGUCUAUGAUAAUGAGUCGCAAUUGGAUCAAGAACAUUGCCCCGAUGAUUGGUUGAUAGAGAACAUAAACAGUGCCGCGGCCAAAAUUGUGUUAUCCAUGGGAUAUGAACAAGAGGACGUUGAAAAGGGUGUCAUGUUUGCAAGACAAAAAUACGGUCAAACAGAAAUCAAAGCUCAGUUUAUCAUGGAAUAUAUGCUAGAGGCAAAUAAGCAGUGUUCUACACAACUGCUUCCAGCAACCAGGAAGCACAAAAUGUCUAAACUGGUAAAAAGAAAAGAUAAACCACAAAAUGUUAUUAGCACUGCGACAGAGACAAACGACAAAAGGAGUACGGUAGACUCAAAAAUCAAAUCAGAAAAGCAAAGAUUGGAGGAAGAAAAUCGUAAACUUAAGGAUCUUACAACGUGCAAAAUUUGCCUUGAUAAUGACGCAUGCGUGGCAUUUCUUCCAUGUGGUCAUUUGGCAUCUUGUGUAGAAUGUUCAAAAUCUUUGCGAAAAUGUGCCGUUUGUAGAACAAUAGUCCAGGGGACAGUCAGGGUGUACCAAGCUUGAGUCACUUUCGACCAGUAGACACAAACAUUGAAAGUACUUGUAUUAAAAGUAAAUAAAAAGGUGGUCAGCAGUGCUCAUUAUUAUGACAUUCAGGUUGAGGAAGGCUUCAUUUUGUACUUUACAAGUAUAAUAAGGCAGCUAUUAUAAAAAUGUACAAUUGUUUUACACUAUUAUCAUUUUUAUUUGUUUAUUUAUUGAUAUUUUUAUUUUGUGUUGUAUUAUAUUUGCACUUUUAUUAAAAUUUUACUAUACAUGUGUGCAUAAGGCGGCAAAGGUGAUUUUUUCGUAUUUGUCACUAGAAAUAAAGACAGAUCAGGUUGGGAACGACUGUACAUUUUGUUCUAUACAACAAUAAUAAGGCAGCUUUUAUAAAAAUGUACCAGCAUUUUACACUUUUAUCAUUUUCAAUUGGUUUAUUUAUUGAUAUUCUAGAAGUUUAAAGUUAUAUUUACACUUUACUUAUAAUUUAACUGUACAUGUGUAUUACGGGCGAAGGUGAUUUUUGUUGUUGUCACUAGAAAUAAAGUUUAUAAUAUUUCCUAAAAGUUUCAUAGACUACUGAAUGACAGGUCAUUAUUAUGACCAUCAGACUGGGAAAGACUAUACAUUAUGUUUUAUACAACAAUAUUAAGGCAGCUGUUAUAAAAAUGAACUGGUCAGCAUUUUACACUUUUAUCAUUUUCAAUUUGUUAAUUUACUGAUAUUCUUUGUUUAAUAUUAUAUGUACACUUUAAUUAUUAUUUUACUAUACAUGUGUAUAUAUCACCGCAAAGGUGAUUUUUGUUGUUGUCACUAGAAAUCAAUUUUAUAAUAUUUCCUAAAAGUUUCCUGGACUACUGAAUGACAGUCCAUUAUUAUGACCUUCAGGUUAAGAAAGUCUAUACAUUAUGUUCUAUACAAUAAUAAUAAAGCAGCAUAUAUAAAAAUGUACCAGCAUUUUAAACAUUUAUUAUUUCUAAUUUGUCGAUUUAAUUAUAUCUUUGGCUUUUUGUUGUGUUAUAUUUACACUUUAAUUGUAAUUUUACUACACCUGUGCAUAUAUUGUGGCAAAGGUGGGUUUUUUCUAGUCACUACAAAUAAAGUUUAUAACAUUUUCUCAA